AAUCCCCUCCGCCUCCUCCCCCUCCCAAAAUUCCCCAACCCGCAACCUUCUCGAAGCUCCCGCGCGCGGCGGAAUGGCCGCGCCGCCUCCGCCGCCGCCGCUGCACCCCGCCAUCAUCAUCGAUGACGACGACGACGACUUCGACUGGGAGGCGGCCGUGCAGGAGAUCGACAGGCGAUGCGCCCUCGCGUCUUCUUCCGCCGCGUCGGAGUCGGCACCGCCGCCGGAGCCCUCGGCGGCGGCCGGCACGCGGCAGUUGACGCUCGACCGAUUCGUCGACUCCUUCACCAGGAGGAGACAGAUGGCGGCGAUGGAGAGGGGGCCGCCUGUGCCUGCUUCGCCGCCCGCAGCGGCGCCGAUCCUACCGAGUGGCGCCAGGGGCCCCCCUGUGCCUGGUUCGCCGCCCGCAGCGGCGCCGGUCCCGCCGAGUGGCGGCUGGGGGCGCCCCAGUGACCGCGCCGGUGAGGGGUGCUCGCGUAGAGCGGACGAGGAUGUCGUGCCUAAGCCCUGCGGCGUUGCUCUGGACCACGAGGCAGCGCGAACUUGGAUUUAUCCAACUAAUGUACAAGUCCGAGAGUACCAAAAAAAAUUUGUAGAGAAGGCUUUAUUUACCAAUACACUAGUGGCUUUACCAACAGGGCUUGGCAAAACUUUUAUUGCAGCAGUAGUGAUGUAUAACUACUUUAGAUGGUUUCCUGAAGGGAAAAUAGUAUUUACUGCACCUACACGUCCUCUUGUUACUCAGCAAAUUGAGGCAUGCCAUAAUACAGUGGGAAUACCACAGGAGUGGACAAUUGACUUGAAGGGGAAUCUAAGCCCCUCAAAGCGAUCAUGCUUUUGGAAGUCUAAAAGAGUGUUCUUUGUCACUCCACAAGUUCUACAGAAUGAUAUACAAUCUGGGAUAUGCAUGGUGAAUCAACUCGUUUGCUUGGUGAUAGAUGAAGCUCAUCGAGCCUCGCGAAAUUAUGCUUACUGUGUUGUAGUCCGUGAGUUGGAGGCAGCUCGUGUGCCGUUAAGGAUUUUAGCUCUGACUGCUACACCAGGAUCAAAGCAACCAGCUAUACAAAAUGUUAUCAACAAUUUGCGCAUUUCUGAGUUGGUUCACUGUGAUGAAAGUGAUCCUGAAGUCAGCCGUUAUAUUCAGAGGCGCACAGUUGAACCUUUAGAGAUACCAGUUGGCGAUGAGGCUGAACAAGUCAAUGAUAAGCUUUUGGAUGUUAUACGUCCACAUCUUGUUAAAUUGCGUUCUGCUAGGGUCAUUGAUCACAGGGAUGCUUCAAAUUGGAGUCCACACCAGUUGCGCAUGUUAAAGGACAAAUUUGAUCAAGCACCCCCGCCAAAUAUUCCUUUAGCAGACAAAAAGGAAAUUGGUAUAUCUUUUCAAGCUCUAACCUUACUUUAUGGCAUUAUGAAAAUGCUUUUGAGCUAUGGUAUCAAGGCAGCACAUCAGUCAAUCGAAGCCAAAUAUAAAGAAGGAUCAUGGAAGGUGCUUACAAGAAAUAACACAUUUUUGGAAGUAAAGAAAACUAUGGAGAACUUCUUAUCUCAAGGCAUUCUCAGUCCAAAAGUUCGGACAUUGGUAGAAGUGUUGCUAGAUCACUUCCGCAAAAAUCCAAAGGACUCAAGGGUCAUUAUCUUUGCACAUUACCGAGAAUGCGUCAAAGAAAUAUUGUGCUCCCUAAGAAAUAUUGAUGGUGAACUUGUGAGGCCUGCUGCAUUCAUUGGUCAAAGUUCUACAGGUGAUCAACUGAAGGGCCAGACACAGAAAAUGCAACAAGCUAUUUUGCAUAAAUUCCGGUCUGGGGAAUACAAUAUUUUAGUGGCAACAUCAAUUGGUGAGGAAGGACUAGAUAUUAUGGAGGUUGAUCUUGUGGUUUGUUUUGAUGCCAACAUCUCCGCAUUAAGGAUGAUUCAACGUAUGGGAAGGACUGGAAGGAAGAACGAAGGGAGAGUUGUGGUUUUGGCUUGUAGCGGACAGGAGAUGAAAGGGUACUUAAGUAAGCAAGGAAAUACUAAAACUAUGAAGAAGUUAUUGCGUGAUCGUCGCAGAUUUGAAUACCAUGAUAGUCCUAGGAUGGUUCCACAUGUUUAUAAUCCAGAAGUUAAGUUUGUUGAAUUAUCCAUAGAGAAGUAUAUUCCUUGCUCAAAGAAAAGCAAAGUUGAUGUGAAUGUCGCAUCUCCAAUCUUUAAUAAGAUGUCAGAGGAUGAUGGUCGAUUGAUUGCUCGGUACUUUGGUGCAUGCAAAGAAGAUUUCUGGAAGCCAUCUCUUGUUACAUUUCCUAGCUUCCAGGUUUCACCAUGUGAUAUCUACAGAGUGCCACAUUCGUUCCGAACAACGAACAUGCUAAUUGAUGCUAUGCAACAACUUCAAGAUCUUUCUUUCUCUAGGACAAAGUGUGCAAGCCCUUUGGAAGGACCUGCUGAUGUACCAGUUGUAAUGGAUGAGGCACCCGAAGGCCUAUUCGGUGCUGAUGGAUCGAAAGAGGUAAUUCCCCAGGAAUAUUGUGGUUUGGAAGUUUUAUCCGGUGAAGCUGCAUGGAGUAAAAAUGUUCUCGUACCAAGUUUACCGAUUAAGAAAUAUCCUGUCCACUCUUUCUUCAGUGGAGAUUAUGUAGCCAUGGAUGUUAGCGGUUAUGUCUCAAUCACCUUUGUACCUGCUCUACCGAGGACAUCUGAAUUCCAUAAGGAUGCCAGGAAUGUAAAUUGGCACCAAAAGGUCCAGAACAAGACCACGUCCGUCAAAUUGGCUGCUGACAUCAGUAGACCAACGAUUGAAUUCGAUUGCCUUGCAGGUUUUGCUUAUUCAAGUAAACCUAUCCUUACAGAUGAGUUUGGUUUAGUUCCCCAUUCACCUGAAUACACUGAAAGAUAUGGCCGCACUGAUGACAGACAUGUACAUGGAACUCCACCUCCUAAAACAUUGGUAAGUCCAAAAGAAAUAUGCCACAAACCCUGCAAUUCUAAACCAGUGAGCCCAGGUCUGUCAGGUCAAGAAGAUAUGGAGCUUAGUCCAAGACUAACAUAUUAUAUUGAAGAAGGAAUUGUUCCUGAGUCUCCGAUGCUUGAAGUUGGCCACAAACAUUUAGAGACAGACAGUGCUGCAAAUGCUGAUUUUGUGCAGCAAAAGGUUGAUUUUUCAAAAUCACACAGUGAGGGAGCAAAGGCCAAUGAGUUGAAAUCUAGAAAUGGACCUCUGAACUUUGAGGGGAAAGGGCAAUUUUUUUCUGAGAUAUCCAAACUUGCUGUCUCACCAGGAGAGAAUGCCCUAGAUCAGACUCAAGCAAACAAAGAAGAGCGGAUGCAUCCAUCAAAUGUGAAAAUACAUAGUCCAGCUGCUCAUACUCCAAUGGCAAAUCUACUAUGUGAUAGUUUCUCUGAUGAUUGGCAGCUUAGGUCAGGAGGGGACACACCAGGGUCAGUCCGGGAAGCACCCAAGUACAAAAGACUUUGCAAAUAUGCUGACAAGAUCAAAAGAGUUUCCUCCAUGUCUUUAGAUGACAGAUAUGAUAUUGCUGCUGGAGGAAACCACAAUUUUGCUACCAAAAGAAACAAAAGGAGGGCCAAGAUGUGUCUGGAUACCUUUAUUGAUGAUGAAGCUGAGGUGUCUGAAGAUGCUGAUGUUUCAGCGGAUGAGGGUAAUGAUCAUAGUGAAGAUAAUUAUGAAGACAGUUUUAUUAAUGACCAGGCUACUCCUACGGGCCAAUUUACCCAAAGCGUACAUCAUGGUGAAAACAGUGGUGACAUGAUGGCCUUCUACAGGCGGUCGCUGCUUACUCAGACCCCAAUAGUGCUGCCCUCAAGGUACCAAGAUGUCCCUGACAAUUCUGCUUCAAGAAGCGGAAGCGCAAGUGCGAGCUGUUCUUCAGAGAACUUGCACAAUUCUAUGGAGACUCCACAAGGGAUCCAUCAACCACACCACACCAUUGGCCCUAGUCCUCUAGGGGACCAACAAAGCUUUGUGGCUAGGGCCAGCUCAAUAAAGGAACAAGGUGAAACAAGUCUAGCCCAUUGUGAGUCAUCCACCACAUUAGACUGCAGAAAGAGGAAGCUAAGUUUCCAACAAGCUGCCUCCAUCCCUGUUAUAAACCUUGAACCGGAACUGGCACCGGCACCGGCACCACAACCUUCCUCACACAUUACUACUGGAGUCAACAAUAACUUCGUUUGGGACGACGAUGAUUUCUUCGAGAGCCUUGAUCUCGAUGCAAUCGAAGCACAAGCGACCGAACUCUGGAGACUCAAGAAAGAACAAUCCACACAGAGAUCCUUUGGGAACUAGGCAAGCAUCAGAGAUAAGCCUUCUCCCCUUUGAUUUAGGGAUCUGAGAUCGUGAGAGCUCAUGCUGGUGAAGAGUCAUUCAGAAUGUUUUAUCUAGCUGUUGGACCAGAUCAUCCUGGACCAUGGUCAGGAAUCCUGGGAUGGCUACAGCAUCAACCUACCAGCCCGAUUACUCGUGGGCUUUUCAAGGUUUGAGCUUGCAGAUCACAGUAUCAGGCAACAAGAUAUUCAGGUGAACACUGUUUUUCCGCCCAUAAUUACAUCCUAUACCAUUGGGAUAUUUAUGGGGAGCUUGGAAGAUCAGGACAUGACGAAGCGAGUUUUGUAGGGGCAUGGACUGUUAAUAUGAAUGUAUGUAUGUGCAUACAUCCCGUACAUAUUUAUACACCCUGUAUCACACUAGUUUUCUCUCUGUAAAUAUAAGUUCUUUUGCUGUAUACUUCCAACACCUCGUUGGAUAAAUGUUCUUCUGAUAGCCUAGUGAGCAGUAUGGCUUCUGCUUGGAUGGAGCCAUGGUCGCAGCUCCUUGCUGCUGCAAGUGCUUGCUUUUGCUUGCAAGGUAUGGCAUAGUAUCUUUUUUUUU